ACGUGAGUUGUUGAUCAAGAAGAUGCUGAUGAAUGGCGGAGUUGACGUUCGUCCUGCCAAAUCCGGGGCGCGCCACACUAGAAGCGGUUCCUGGCCAAGCACUCCCCUCAUCCCCAGCAGCUCUUCGCGCUAAUGAAAGGGGCCGCAGAAGGCACCACACCACUAAGACGGCUCAUCGCCGACAGAAUGUUGCGACCUUCGGCCCUCAGAGUUGUACAAAGCGGCGUAUCUGAGACCUUUGGGACUGGAGGCACGUGCUACACAUCUUGCAAUGGGUUUCCUCGAGACCGUCCCGUAUCCAUAUCUCUCAGCGACAGGCUCGGCCUUGGUAGUGUAUCUUAUCGCCGGCGCCAUAUAUCGGUUAUACUUCAGUCCCGUUGCUAAGUUCCCCGGCCCCAAACUCGCAGCUCUGACACUAUGGUACGAAUUUUAUUACGAUGUGGUGUGCCGCGGGCAAUACACCUUCCAGAUCAAACGGAUGCACGAGAAAUAUGGUCCUAUUGUCCGAAUCAACCCCUACGAGCUUCAUAUCGAGACACCAGGAUAUUAUGAUGAGAUAUAUGCGGGCGGAGGAAAGAGACGUGAUAAGUGGAACUGGUUCACCAACCAAUUCGGCAUCCCAGAGAGCACGUUCGCGACUGCUUCCCAUGAGAAACAUCGGAUGAGAAGAACGGCUCUGAAUCCGUUCUUCUCGAUGGCAAGUGUCCGGAGACUACAACCCAUGAUAGAAGAGACGUUGGAGAAGUUCUUGGGACGCUUUGCAGAUUUCCAGAAGUCUGGUGAACCAAUGGUUGUCUCUCUCGGCUAUGCCGCCUUUACAAAUGACAUUGUAAUGGAAUAUGCCUUUGCACGAUGUGAUCGCCGGAUCGAAGCCCCAGAUUUUGACCCUUCGUUCCACGAUGCGUCGAUUGUUGGGAGCACAAUGGGACACAUGACAAAGCAGCUCACCUGGGUGCUUCCACUCAUGCAAACUCUGCCAGACUGGGUAACUAUCAAGUUGAAUUCUGACAUGGCAUCAUAUGUCAAACUCCAAAAGGAUAUCUUCAAGCAAAUCGACAGCCUUCAAACAACAACAUAUGACGGCCAUCUAAAAGUCUCACAUGACACAAUCUUCCACGAAAUUUUGAAUAGCAAACUUCCCCCGGAAGAGAAGACUUCUACGCGCCUAUGGCAAGACGGCCAGGUCACAGUUAUUGCCGGCACUCUGACAACAGCAUGGGCACUUUCCGUCAUGACAUACCACCUCCUGACCGUUCCUGAAGUACUCAAGAAGUUGAAAGCGGAGUUGGUAUCGGCAAUCCCAGAUCCCUCAAAAUCUCUCCCGCUUUCAGUACUUGAACAACUCCCCUAUCUAACUGCAUGUAUCCAAGAAGGACUCCGUCUUUCCUGCGGUGUCAGCUCACGUCUCCAACGUAUCGCUCCUGAUGAAGACCUCAUCUUUAACGACGGCAAGAAAACAUGGAUGAUUCCCCGUGGAACGCCAGUCGGUAUGACUAGCACGCUAGUACACUACGAUGCCAGCAUCUUUCCUUCACCAACAUCCUUCCUUCCGGAACGAUGGAUUGAAAAUCCACGUCUAGACAAAUACCUUAUUGCAUUUUCUCGAGGAUCUCGGCAGUGUAUUGGCAUCAAUCUCGCUUAUGCUGAGCUUUAUCUUGCAUUGUCUACGAUAUUUAGGCGGUAUGGGAGUAAAGAUGUUCGUGGUGAGGAUGAUCUGGGCGCUUUUGAGCUGUUUGAGACAACGGAUAAGGAUUGGGUUAUUGUUGGGGACGGGAUUACGCCUUUGACCGUUCCUGAAUCUAAGGGUAUUCGGAUCCAUGUUGUGAAGUGAAAUUGUUCCGAGUUGGAUCCAACCUUGGAAAGAUCACCUUGAUAUAUAAUGUCGAUAUUCAAACUGAUUCUCCUGAGCUCUCAUCUUUUGCAGUCCUCACUACGCCGUAUCGUUGGCUCUUUUCUCGCAGCUUAUGUGGGCUCCUCGAGCGCACAUUUCUCCUUAUUGCGUCUUGAACCUCUCGGAAAGCUUGUAGAUGGUAGUUUGGCAGAACUGCGGUAUUAGAUCGCACGUACAUUUUAAUCUAUUUGGUAGCGGC